AUGGCUAACCCAGAGAUCACCUGGUGGCAGCGGUCAUCGGAUUCUGACCCCAAGAGAAACACCAUUGGGUUGCGAUUUUUGGUCUCCGACCUUGGAGUCGCCCCUAAGGAGACAAAGCAACCUGGCUCAACGGAUACUGCUCAGAAAGAUACGGACUCGGGCACACCCUCGAAAGACUCGGGAGAGGCUGAAACAGCCCAAGCGGAGAAUAAGACAGAGAAAGACGCCUCUGGUGAGAAAGUCUUUCAUGGACCAGGCGGAUCUAGAAUUGUGGUUACUCCCACUACAAUUUCAUUCAUGGGCUAUUCAACCUUCAGCAAGACACUUUACGAUGUGGAAUUGAAACUAGCGGGCAAGGUUAAGCCCGAUAGUGCAACGUGCAAUAUCCAAAAACAACUCGCGAAUGUUGUCCUGGAGGUUCAGAAACAGGAACUUGAUACAUCGUACUGGACGACGCUGGUCGAGGCUAAAAAGCUUGGUUUCUUAAAAACAGACUUCGAGAUGUGGCGUGAUGAAGAUGAACAGGAGCCUGUAAAAGAAGACUUUGGGCCAACAUCGCUUGAAUAUGAGGAUGCCUUAGGACAAUUUGCUGGUAUGGAGGGCAUGGGCAUGGGGGGCGCAGGAGGAAUGGGAAUCGGGGGUGAUGAGCAAACUCAGACGGGAGAUGACGAUAGUGAGAUGCCUGGGCUAGAAAGUGGCGAAGGUACUGAAGAGGAGAAAGGGGAUACGUCUUCUACUGACAAACCAAAGAUUGAAGUCCUUCCUUAG